AUGAGAAAAAUUCAGAGCAACCUGAAAUCAAGAGGCAUGUUGAACAAGAGUAAUUCGGUUUCCUGCCUUGAACUUGCAAGUGAAGCAGCUGAGAACAGGGUUUUGACCACAAAUAGUGAACCAGUAGCAGCAGCAGCAGAUCUGACAAAUUCUAAGAGUAAGUCCUCAGGCCUGAGGCUCCUCCCCAGACUCAUAAAGGUCGCAUCGCGGCCAAUUGAGCUCACUUGCCUGGCAGACCGGGUGUCACAGAGACAAGCAGACUGUGGCCCGCCAGGCUCUCUCUGCUCUGCAGCCGCAGCCCCACCGCUCCCGCCCCGAGGUGCACUCGUUCCCCGGAGCCGCCGCCUGCUGCCCGCCGCCCAGCCCGAGCGCCCGCAGGAUCCCCCGAAGCUCACCGCCUGCAGGACGAUGGAGUCGCGCCGCGCCUUCUCCGUCCCCGCGCUGCUGCUCUGCCUGGGUUUCCAUCUUCUGCAAGCAGUUCUCAGUACCACUGUGAUUCCUUCUUGCAUCCCAGGAGAAUCUGAAGAUAACUGCACAGCUUUAGUUCGGACAGACAACAGUCCUCGUGUGGCUCAAGUGUCAAUAACGACGUGUAGAUCUGAAAUGAAUGGCUACUGUUUGCAUGGAGAGUGCAUUUACCUGGUGGACAUAGAUGACAAUUACUGCAGGUGUGAAGUUGGUUAUGCCGGUGUCCGAUGUGAGCACUUCUUUUUAACCGUCCAGCAACCCUUGAGCAAAGAAUAUGUGGCUCUGACUGUGAUUCUUAUUAUACUGUUUCUUCUCAUUGUUGCUGGUUCCAUAUACUACUUCUGCAGAUGGUACAGAAAUCGAAAAAGCAAAGCACCAAGGAAUGAAUAUGAAAGGGUGACCUCAGGGGUUUUGGCAUUGCCACCACAAAUCUGAAUGGUGCCAUCAAGCUUACGGGCCAGGAUGCAAGCAUGCCUGUUUAUGUUAAUAUUCCUAUUUUAUUAAUAAUAUUUAUGUUGGGUUAUGUGUUAAGUCAACAAUGACAUAUUUUUAAUAUACUUGGAAAAGUUUUUAUUUUUGUUUUAUUAUUGACUAUUUCUAUAAUGUACACAAACUAUUUAAUAUGGGAAGAAAAUUGAUAUUUUUGUAAGAAAUUAUUUCCUGGGCUAAAUGCUUUCUUGAAAGUUUCAAAACUUAUUUACCUGCUGCACAAUGCUUAGGAGUAAAUAAUCCCCAGUUUGUUGCUCAGGAAAUAUACACAAAUGACAGAUUUCUGUAAGCCUAAAUAUGUGGUCAAAUCAAUCGAAUAUUUGUCUACUCCUCAAAUCAAUGAUAAUUGGUUUGACUAUAUAAUAGUUUGAAGUAUGAGUUGACACUGCUGUGUCAUACAUUGAAACAGUGAUACAAUGGGAACCGAGAGAAGCAAAUAUGAAUCAUGCUAAAUACCACAUCUUUGAAACAAACUAAACUGGGAGAGCUGUGCUCCCUCCAAGCCCAUCCUCAGCUAAAAUUCUGUUUCUCUGCCUGGAGGGGAAGUGAACAAUUUCCUAUUCUAACUCACAACUCCUGUGGACACUAGUCACCAGUCUAACAGAUUUUCCUUAAGUAAAAUGAAACAAGAACUUAAUUUUAUAUCAUCUUUUAGGUAAAUAGUAGAUAUUUUAUAGUGUCACAAUGUGUUUUUUGUGUGUAACACUUAAUGUGACAUAACUGUUGCUCAUGAGAAAAAAUCCACACUUAAAGCCAAAAUUUGUGCUUCUUUUUAAAAGUAUUUAUUUUCAUAGGGACUUGGCUGAAAAAAAUUUAAGAUGAAAUCAUAGUCCAAGUUUGUUGGACUAAACAUUAAAGAAAAUAAUUCUGUAUAUUGUCUAAAGACAGAUAUAUAGUUAUAUACAACAGAGUUUUAACUUGAAAUAAUGCAGUAAGUAGCUUCUUCUAGAAUUUAAAACUAUGUAUGUAAAAUUAUAUCCUGCUUCAGGAAGUGGGGAAAAUAAGUCAUAGCAUAUUUUGCCAAAUGAACAAAUUCAUUUGAAAGCUUUUAAAAUUUAGAAACUCAACGACGCCUUCCCUAUGGAGCCUAAGAUGAAACAAGGACCCUGCUUUCUGUCUUUUAUUUUUUUGAGAGAAACUAAGGUUUCUCCCGUGCUCACAGCCUGUGGUCUCAGUGAGUUAAAUAGGAUACUUGGCAACUGCAUAAGGAGCCACAGCUGUCACCUCCUCCGGAUCUCAUGGGAGACUGCCUCACUGAAUACUCGACCUUUGGGUAGAGUCACUCAGGAUCACACACCUGGUCAGGGAGGGUCUAUUCUUUUUCCACUUCUCUUCAUGACACGUGCUAGGGCAACAAAGAGAAAAUAAGUGAUGGCUGACCUCUGAAGUGCCAGGUGCCAGGACUUGCCUUCAUAUAAUAUAUCCCUGCAUUAUAUAUCCUGGUGCAUUCACAUGAUUCUUAUCCAAAGUCCUGGAGAUAUAGUGUGUGUGCAUGUGUGUGUGUGUGUGUGUGUGUGUGUGUGUGUGUAUGUGAUGUAUAUUUUUAUACAAACACUUGUACAUUUGAGCUUAAUCAUAGAACUAUAGUCAUUUGGUGCUCUAUCAACAAUAUAUAAAACAAAGACAAAAUAAAAAAAAUACAAUAAAAUUCAGUGAGAUCUAAAAGGAUCUUUCUGUUUUUCAUUUAACAGAGUUGAAGUCAAAUGUGCUGUGUAAGAACACAUUUUAAAUCCUAUAAAUAUUGACAUCUACUGUAUGCAAACAAAGUCUGCCUAUUUUAAGUGAUCUUGAUUGUUUCAAAGAAAAUGUAUUGAUUAACCAAGAAAUCAGCUUCAAUUCAUUUAUUUACAAAAGGGAGUCAUAUUGGUUUACCUUAAGCAUCUCAAUUCAUAUUACAUAACUAAUUGUGUGUAGCUUGGGAUGGUUUUAAUCUGUACUUAAGAAAGUUUAAAAACCUAACCACUGUAAUAGUUACUUAUAAAUGCAUAUUAAAUAAUAAAAAAGGUAUAACCCAGAUUGCUUUUUAUAGGUGGUAAUAAGUAAAAAAUGAUUGCUUUAAUGAGGAUAAUGCUAAGAAAACAUAAAAAAUGAUGCUAUCAGCUCAUGUUUCCUACAAUGGAAAGAUUUGUGUUCAGAUUUAGUCUAUCUUCUUCAUUUUACAGGUUUCUCACUAUAUUUCUAGAAGGGUCUAUUUAUGUCCAAUGUAUUGAGAACAAAUGCAAAUUGAAUGCAUAAGUGCAUAAUUUAUGGCUUCCCAUCAAGGCCACACAAUAACUCACUUGACACACUCCAUAACCAAGGAUGUAAAAUUCUAUGAUUGAUACUAAAGGUUUAACCUCAAAUUGAGAUUUAUGUAAUUAGUAUGUUGAACAUUAAAAUACAGUAGAGCACUACUGUUCUUCUAGACAUUUUUUUGCUCUCACCUCUCUGCUUUUAAAAGUCAACGCAGUGGGAGAAAUGGUGCACUGGUAUGAUUAUAUCUAACUCAGAUUUUUAUUUUUUGUGUCCUUAAGAGUUAGCUAAAAUCAAUUGCUGUCAGAUAAACAAAUUUUCAUGGAAUAAAUGUGUGAUAUUAACUUCUAAUUUCUAUUGAUUUCAAUGAUACAGUUUUUAAAACUUAUGUCUGAUCCGUUUUGUCAUUUUUGCUGCUCUGUAGACUUUUGGGAAAAAAAUGUGUUUCAUUUGCUGCCCAAUAUUUUCAGUUUGUUUUUUUUCUACUCUUAUUCAUAGGGGAGAAAGGGGAGUAACAACUUAUAUAAACAGUGUACUGGAGUACAUUUUAAUGUUUUAAUUUAAGAGUAAUUUUACCUGAAACAUUUGUUAUUCAAAUUGGAUCAUGUUAAAUAUGAGAUAAUGUAUUUUUCUGUUUAUUUUUUUACACUCUGUAAUUUGCACUUUGUAAGUUUAAAGAGCCAUUUUGGUAUUCAAUUUAUAUUACAUAUUAAAGAUGCUAUGGGACAUAAAAUUGUAUUGCAUGCAGCUUAAAGUAACUUAUAUGAUAAUGAAUUUUAUCAGAGUACUGAAUUGUAUCAAUUUGUUUAUGUUCAAUAUCAGCUUUGAUAAUUGUGUACCUUAAGAUAUUGAAGGAGAAUAUAGAGACUUUACAAGAUACUAUUAACAUUUAUUUAUUUUUGUUGGGAACUGGAAAAAAAGCACAACUGAAAAAUAAAAAUGCAUUAA